UCUCCCCGCUCGUUUUGCGGUGUCACAUGUUUCGAAAUUUGAACUAAAACAUAACCGCAAAUAGACCUUAGCAAACCCUAUCGAAUGUACAUUUAAAGUUUAAUUUUGGUUACGUUUUUUGAUGCGAAAAUCCUAUUUUUUGAAAUGUUUCAUCAGCUGAAAUAUCAAGUUAGUAGUGAAAAACUAAGAAAACAGUUUGUUUAUAAAAACAUGAAAAAGAUCUAACCAAUAGUUUACUUUAUUUAUGGCUAUUAGAUUUACGAGUGAUAUUAUUCACGAAAUUAAUUUUUUUCAGUGGUUUUUAGGGUUAAUUGAAAAAUUUGACUGACGACUUUUACUCGUGAGUAAAAGAUAGUUGGUUAGACAAAUUUGUUCUCCAGACUUUGUACUUUCAAAUAAAAACAAAAUUCUAGUCGAUCCGACGUUUCAUUGCUCGGAGCCUCUGAAAUCUUAUCUCUGAGUCAGAGGUAAGACUCAACAUUAUUGCAGAGACUUUUGCAUUCUAUGUUAUUAUAUCUGCUGUCUAUUCACUUUAUAUGUUAACGUCACUAAUUUUUGUUUAUUGUAUGGCAUAUUAGAAGAGAUCAAAGUAAAUAUAUUAUUUAAGUUCCUUCCUAUUAAGAUUUCAUUCUGAAAUGCGUGCAUAAUUUACAUCUAUGAUAAUGUUUUCAUUUUCUUUUUUUUCACUUUGUUAUCAAGAUGCUCUCUUCAUUAUCGACUUAGAAAUAAAAGUUCUCUAUAAUUUUGAAUAUGAAAUAAUUAUAUUAUCAUGUUAAAUAACCUAUUUUUAUUUGUACUCUUUUUUUUCAGGAUGGAUAGUAAAUUUUCUCGUUUACAAGAAUUUGUUAGUGAAACAAAAAAUGGUGGUAGUGUGAAUAAUAGUGAUCCUGGUCAUUCUCCUUCUGUAUGGACACGAUCAAUAUUUUCACGCGAUGUCUUUAAUACAAAUAUGAAUCGUUUUAAUACAUUUAUACGACGACCACGUUCACUUUUUGGAGGUCAUGGAGUUGAUCCUGUAUCAACAAAUGGUAGUAGCGAUGAUAUGAAUGUAUUAUUGAAACAAGGGGAAAAUGAUCCUAUUUUACCGACAUUGAGUAAAAAACAGCGUAUACUUGGAUUUAUGGGAUUUCUAUUAAUGGGCGUAAUGUGUAUGGGAUUAGCAACAUUGUAUAUACCAGUUAUUGUAUUUAAAGCAAGAAAGUUUGCAUUGUUAUUCUCAUUUGGUAGUUUAUUCUUUCUAUCAAGUUUUUCGAUGUUAUGGGGUCCAGUGAAUCAUCUACGACAUUUAUUCGGUGUAGAACGACUUCCAUUUACGAUAACAUAUAUUGGAACAUUAAUUGGAACAAUUUAUUACUCUGUCUGGUUGAAAAGUUAUUUUUUAACUAUUAUCUUUGCUGUCUUACAAAUUGCUGCACUUGUCUGGUAUGUCGGUGCAUAUAUUCCAGGUGGCACAAGAGUAUAUUCUACGAUAUUUGUUCGUACAUUUAAACGUUUUGGUGAAUAUGUGAAAAGUUAUGGAUAUCAACCGAAAUAUUAUCAAGGAGGCUUAUUACCACGACCAGAGACCAUGCAAAAUGAUCCACCAGAUUAUUUGCCACCAUUUAUAGAUCCAAAAGAAUGGUCAUUAGAAAAUGCAACAUUUGGACAAAAUGAUUAUAUUGAUAUUCUUGACGAUGAAACAAUUGAACAUUGGCAAUUAGUACGUAAUGCACCAUUUUGGUUACGUGGUUUUGGUGGUAAUGAAUUACAACAUUUAUUAAGACGUAUGAGAUAUGAUGGAAAAAAAUUAGAAGAAGAAAAACCACAAAAAUAUUCAGAUUUAAUUACAAGAAUACGGUAUUUGACAUAUAAACAUAAUUUUAAACAUUACAAACGGCCCUGGUUGGCGAGACCAACAUUGGGAUCAAAAGAACCGUUACCCGAAUAUUGGGAUCCACGAUCAACUUAG